UCUCCGUGCUGGUUGAGACCGGCAGAAAGCAGCCGGAGCUUCUGCAGAGACAUUCCGCGGGCCAUGUCCGCUCAGCGCCUCCUGAGGACCCGCUGCUUCCCGCGGCUGCCCGCCGCCAUGCUCCGACGCUACAGCCUGGACGCCUCCAACCCGCUGCUCCGCACGCAGGGCUACGUCAACGGCCGCUGGCUCUCCGCUGCCUCGGACUUCCCGGUGGUGGACCCGGCUACCGGGGACGAGAUUGCCCGGGUGUCCAACUGCGGCCCGGCGGAGGCCAAACAGGCCGUGGACGCGGCGUACGAGGCGUUUCAUUCCUGGAAGCGGAACAGUGCCAAGGAGCGGAGCGUCGUGUUGAGGAAGUGGUUCGACCUGAUGAUGCUGUACAAAGAAGAGCUGGCUCAGAUCAUCACCUACGAAUGUGGUAAACCCAUGUCUGAGUCUCUGGGGGAGGUGGCGUACUCCGCCUCCUUCCUCGAGUGGUUUUCAGAGGAGGCUCGACGAGUCUACGGAGAUUUUGUCCCAUCGCCCGCCAAAGACCGAAAAAUCCUCCUCCUGAAACAGCCUGUGGGCGUGGCCUCCAUCAUCACACCGGUGAGCAGCCAAUCAAAAGCAGGUCCCACCAGAGUACUGCAAAAUAGCCCGCCCUCAAAGCUUUUAACUGUGAAGUAUAAUUUAUGAAGAUGGCAAAACCCGUUUGUAGGGCGGCUUCCUUCCCACACAGCUACACUUUUUAUAAAAGUAGUGCUGCUGAAAAUGGCAGCUGACACCGUGAAAAAAGCGUCCAUGGAACUGGGAGGCCACGCCCCCUUCAUUGUGUUCGACAGCGCCGACGUGGACCAGGCGGUGUCCGGAGCCAUGGCCUCCAAGUUCAGAAACUGUGGACAGACGUGCGUGUGCUCCAACCGGUUUCUGGUGCAGAGUGGAAUCCACGAUGGCUUCAUGGACAAAUUGGGCAGAGCGAUGGACGCCGAGCUCCGGCUGGGUCACGGGUCAGAGCCCGGGACGACCCAGGGGCCGCUCAUCAACACUAGAGCUGCAGAGAAGGUGGUCAAGCAGAUCGCGGAUGCCGUGUCCCGGGGAGCCACGGUGCUGAAGGGGGGGAAGCGUCUGGAAGGGUCCUUCAUGGAACCCACUCUGCUGUCCGACGUCACCACGGAGAUGAUCUGCACCAAGGAGGAGACCUUUGGCCCGCUGCUGCCAGUCAUCAGGUUUAAUACAGAGGAGGAAGCUCUGGCUAUCGCUAACGCGUCUAAUGUCGGGCUGGCAGGUUACUUCUUCUCUCAGGACGUCAGUCAGAUCUGGCGGGUGAUGGAGGCGUUGGAGGUGGGGAUGGUUGGGGUCAACGAGGGCCUCCUCUCCACCCCAGAGGCAGCGUUUGGAGGAGUCAAACAGUCCGGGUUGGGUGUUGAAGGUUCCAAGUACGGCAUUGACGAGUAUCUGGAGGUCAAGUACAUGUGCUUCGGAGGCCUGAAACCAUGAGUGUGGACCAGAUGACCGCGGCCAUAAGAUCUCCGCUUCAUAGAAGCUAUAAAUCAGUCCUGAAGAAGACCUCAGUAGUGCGUCACCCUCUUUGUAAAGAUGAUCAAUUAUUAACAUGCAGAUCCAUCAUGACUACUCUGACGUUAGGAGCAGCAGUGGCGUUGGAGCUUAGCGGUAGCUUAGCAUUCUAAGAAGAUGUAAUAGGUAACAUUACACCCUUCAGAUGGUUUCCAUAGUAAAGUUUAAGCAGUCACUUGGACCAAGUUAGAUCUACACUUUUAUUGUUUUACUUUUACAACAUGAGUAAACUAAAUUUAAAGAAUUAAUCUUUCAAAUGUCAACGUAAACUCUUAAGUUGCAUUGUAAAUAAUAACAAAGCAGUUAAAUGAAAAGCUACUUAUGAGCCAUGUGCGUAGUUACGGUUGCUACCCGGUGUUGAUGUUUAAAUGUUAGUGAUAAUGAAGCUGUACCCAAUUAGAAGUAUUUAAGUAUAGUUAUACUCCUGUGGCUUUAAAUGAUUCCUCUAUUAUAUUUACUACUUAAUACAUUUAAUGUCCAUUUAUAAGUAAGAAUCUAUGACGUCAUCGCAGCACAAUUAUUUCUACAGAGGCUCAUGAGUUCAGUUUAAAUGAAAAAAAUAAUAGAUCAAAACUUUUGUAAAAUAAUUGUUAAACAUUCUUAAGCCAGCAGGUUCAUAUAUAUGUACAUCUGUAUAUAUACAUGUAUUCCUAAUGAAGCAACUACUUUUAUACUAACAAGCUUUCAAAUUUGGUGAAUUUAAUGAGCCCUUUAUUAAUUUAAAGCAUGUUCUAUUUGACAGACAGACAGGCUGACAGACAGACAGGCUGAGAUUAAUCCUGGAGUCUCAUGUGUUUAACAGUUGAGGGCGAUGUAUAAAGUCCCAUCACCUGUUCCUUCGUGAUGUUGGAUGAAGAAGCACUGAUACGGAGACGUGAGAGGAUGUUUGAGGGCAGACCAGCGUGAAGCUUCUCACCAUCACACACACGUCUGUAUGGCACUGAGCUUUGCUGCAAGCGGCAUCUUUUUAUAUGUCAAACUGUAAAUAAAGGCACUAUUUGCUGUCAGAA